CUUCUCUUCUUCUCUCUGCACCACCGAUAUAAAAAAAAUAAAAAAUACAAAAAAAAUGAAGAGCACUCACUUGACAUAAGCAGCAAGUAGGUAGGUAGCACAGAGGCAGAGGCUGAACUCAUAAAUAUCCAUCAUCGAAGAAGAAGAAGAAGCGAAGGGUUUUGAUUUCAUUGAUUCAUCAUCAUCAUCAUGGUGAGAGAGAGAGACAUGAUGAUGAUGGGCACAUACUCAUCAUCAUCAUCAAGAGGAGACAUGAAUGAGAAACCUGCAUGGCUAGAGAGCUUGAUGGCUGAGACAUUCUUUGGUGGUUGUGGGGUCCACCAGGAUCGCAGGAAGAACGAGAAGAACGUCUUUUGCUUGCACUGUUGCCUUAGCAUCUGCCCCCACUGCCUCUCUUCCCACCGUUCUCACCCUCUACUCCAGGUGCGAAGGUAUGUUUAUCACGACGUGAUUCGAUUAGAUGAUCUGGAAAAACUCAUUGAUUGUUCCAAUAUUCAGCCCUAUACUAUAAACAGUGCCAAAGUAAUAUUCUUAAAUCAGAGGCCACAAUCAAGGACAUGCAAAGGUCCUGCCAAUGCUUGCUUCACUUGUGACAGGAUUCUUCAGGAGCCAUUUCAUUUCUGUUCUCUAUCAUGCAAGGUUGAUUACAUGGUGUACGCGGGUCAAAGCUUGUCCAACAUUUUACAUCGAUUCGAUGAAUCUGAUUUUGCAAUAUCGCAGUUCGAGGGUUUGAGAGUGGAUGGUUCAGAGGUAACUGAUGAAGAUACCCAAAUUGCCCCUAGCUCCUCUUAUUCCAACACUGAAGCCACCAGCAAUUCCGUAAUUUCACGUGAACCUAAUAACAACUUGAAGAAGGGCAAGGGCAACAACACCUUCCUCCCAGGGAUCGUCCUUUCUCUUGGCAGUAGAAGAAAGGGUGCCCCUCACAGGGCCCCCCUCUCCUGAACCACCAAUAUUAUUAUCAUUAUAAUAAUAAAAGUUCUCAAAUUUAGUUAAUAAUAAUAAUAUAUUAUUAUUAUUAUUACUGUUAAUUAGUAUAAAGUUAUGGCCACAAUAAAUAUCCGGGUUUUUAAUUAUUAUUUGUCAUAUAUGUAUGGUAAGAAAAAAAAAGACUUCUUUAGUAAGGGCGUGGUUAGUUUUAAGGGUUGUUUUAUGAAUGAAUGAAGGUAUGGCAUGUGCAUGAUGCAGGGUUAGGAUUCUCCAUUGUCAUCUUUGGCGGUUGUUGAAACCACCGAUUUUGUAUUGGAUGCUAUGGAAAUUUGGCUUAUGCAGUGUUUAUGAGAGAUGUGUUGUAUAAAUUGAAAACACAAUUCCCUUAUAUAUUCUGUGU